CAAAUUUGAGUUAGAUUUGUAGACAACAAACAACUUAGCAAUUAUUAUUUUUUGAUUUUUUUAAAAAUGGAUAGUUUGCAAAUUGUGACCUGGAUCACAUCGUGGACAUCACUAAUAAUUGUAUCGAUAGUUUCAUUAUUAUUAUAUUGGUAUGUAUUGAGUCCAUUCAAUUAUUGGUCUAAACGCGGUAUACGAGGCCCGAGACCGUGGCCUGUUGUGGGCAAUGCUUUAAGCAAUUUUGUUAAGCCUACCGGUUUAAUAGAGUUGGAGUGGUAUAAGAAAUUUGGCAAUAUUUAUGGAAUAUACAAUAGAGAUAAGCCUAUAAUAACAAUCGCAAAACCGGAACUCAUUAAAACAAUAUUAGUUAAAGACUUUCAUCUAUUUGUUGACCGAAAGAGACGACGAGUACAACACAAGAUUUUGUCGAAGAAUUUAUUCUUUUCGACCGGAGAUGACUGGAAGAGAUUUCGGACUAUAACGAGCCCGACAUUUACAUCGGGAAAGAUGAGGAAAAUGUAUCCAAUGAUUAGGGAAUGUCUUAACGACUAUCUAAAUGUAUUGGACGAGAAAGCCGUAAACAAGAGUCAAAUAAAUUUGAAGGAACUGAAUGGUAACUUCACGAUGGAUGUGAUCGCCACCUGUGCUUUUGCCACCAAAACCAAUGCACACAAAGAAUCAAAUAAUCCUUUUAUAGUAAACGCCAAAAAUGCUUUUGAAUUCCCAUUUAGCCGUACGUUAGCAAUGAUAGUACUUCCGGAACAAUGGUUAAAAUGGUUGGGAAUACAGUCGGCCAGCAAUGAGAAAGGCAACCAAUUCUUUGUCGAUUUAACCACUCAUGUGGUUAAACAGAGAAAGGCUGAACCAAAUAGUCAUGAAAAAUACAACGAUUUUAUUCAACUUCUUGUGGACGCACAUAAUAAUGCGGAACAAAUUCCUGAUGAAAAUGAUGCCAAUGAAGCACAUCAUGUCAAUGAUGGUGUUGAGGAAAGGGAAGCGGAAAGAAAAGCUUUUUCGGGAAAUGUAGUCAAUAAACACUUAACAGAAUUGGAAAUCAUGGCUCAGGGAUGGAUAUUCUUUAUCGCCGGAUAUGAGACAACGGCUACCACUUUGUCGUUUUGUAUCUACGAAUUGGCAGUCAAUCCCAAAGUUCAAGAAAAACUUUACGAAGAGAUAAAGACAGCAAUGGAUUCCAACGGAGAAAUAAAUUAUAACGUAUUGACUAAAUUACCGUUUUUGGAUUCAGUACUUUCAGAAACAUUACGAUAUUAUCCACCCCUACACAGACUCGACAGAAGAGCUGUAACCGAUUAUAAGUUGGGCGACACUGGUAUCCAAUUGUUUGCGGGACAGGAGGUCGAGAUACCGGUGUAUGCCAUACAUCAUUCCAAUGAAUUCUACCCGAAUGCCCAUCAAUUUGACCCCGAUAGAUUUAUGCCUGAAAAUAGACAUAAAAUAAUACCAUACACUUACCUACCCUUUGGUGCCGGUCCUCGUAAUUGUAUUGGUAUGAGAUUUGCUUUAAUGGAGGCUAAGCUAGCAUUAGUCCAAAUUGUUAGACGAUUUCGCUUUUUUAGAUCACAACAGACAGCCGUUCCGAUUGAGUUCAGGACUGUUACCCGAAUGUGUUCCGCAAAACAAUUAGUUGUAGGCAUUGAAAAACGGCUGUAAAAUCAUAAAUAUAGGAUAUUUUUUAAAGAAAAUAUUCUGAAUUUUAUAUUAGUCGAUAAUAUCUACAUUUAAAUAGUUUUUUUAGCAAAUGUUUUACAGUACCACUAGUUUUUUAU